AUGAUGGUCGUUGCUGCCUUCAUCAUUAGUCUCCUCAUGUUGAAUCAUUACUACACAGCCCAAGACAGACCCAGUGGUGGUUCAGACUGCACUUCACAAGGACUGGAUGCCACCCAACUCUGCAGCAAUCAUCACUACUUAGGACACCCCCAAGUGCCUCAGACCAGCACAAAGGCCUCAACCACACCUCCCAUCACCGCCAGACUGAAGGCAAAGACUGCUGUCUGUGCGUCGCUGCAGAAGGUGACAGCGACAGCAGCAGUGGUAGGCAGCAAACAAGCUCAUCUCUUGUCUCUGCUGUGAGGAGGUGAAGGCAGCGCAGCGACGGGAGGCUCGCGCUGCCGGCCA